AUGGAGGUCAAAGAGUUUGAUGCCACUUUAGGUGGCACUGAGCAUCUACCAUCUUCAGUAAAUUGCUUAAAAUUUGCAGCUGCUAGAAGUGUAGAAAUAGCGGCAAUGACUGAAAGUAUCCUUACACCAAAAAAAACCAAACUUGUGUUCCAAUCCUUACCGGUACAUAUGAGAAGACGAGUAAUGAGCCACAACAGUAAGCGACUACCACGCAAGUUGCGACAAGCGCAUUUCGAACAGCUUAAAAAAAGUGGCUUGCCGAAACAAAAACGACCUUCAAGAAAAUACAGACGUCGCCCUGCAAAUCUUUUGGAUGAGUACAAUCGGCGUCAAAAGCGCGUUGUGUGGCUAGAAACACAUAUAUGGCAUGCAAAAAGAUUUCAUAUGACUGAACGUUGGGGACAUCGUUUAGCUUAUGCUCCUUGUGAUAAGGCUUUCAGAGCUUGUUAUAGAGCUAGUUCUGCUCAUUGUCUUUUACAAGAUAUAUCUUACUACACACCAAUCCAAGUAAGCGGCCCUCUAGAACUGAUUAAGGAAAUGUUUACUAAAGUUACCAAUAGCUCAUGUGGCCUAGGAUUGUGUGCUAAGGCUUACAUAGAAGGUACUAGGCAAGGCAUGGUGCAUCUCUAUGGAAAAAAUACUUUUCCAUAUGGGUACAUUGGUAGAGUGCAAUUUUUGUGGGCCUCAAACCAUGAUGCAAAGAUUUUAUGGUUAUUUGUGCAUCCAUCACAAACCAAACAAGUGGAGUUACUUUUGCUAGCUCUCACACAACAAGAAACAGAAACUGUUGACAAUGAAACAGUGAAAAAAAAAAGGAAACUUCAAGUUAAUGCAGAUAGUGUAACUAUUAAAGUUAUGCCUGGUAGUUUUAAUAGAUUUCAUCUAACAGGACCCAAUAGUCAUGCAAUAUUAGCAAAGAGUUUAGUAUGUGUGAAAAAAAAUGAAUUAUUUAAUAAACACUUGUGGACUUCACUUCACAGUCCUCAACACUUGAAUGAAAAAGAAGAAUACUGGGAGAAAAUAAGUUUGCUUAAUUCACCCUCUCAGUUACCACCUAAUAUUGUUGUAGGUUUAGUUGUCAAAGAUCCUAGAUUAAGUAGACCUACACGACGCACUAAAGCAAAACUAGAAAACUAUUCAGAGAGACACAGUGAACCCUUGAUUCGUAUCCCUUCUUUUCUUUCAAAUUCUCCUUUGUGGGAUACUAAAAUACAUAAUACUAUUAAAAAGGAAAAAAUUACAAACCAUCAGUUUAUACAACUUGUUAGUAAAACUCAACUUGUCCCUGGUGAAAUAUAUGAAGAUGAUCCAGCGUUACAAAGUAUUCCUGUCGUUUUAAUACAGCGGCCUGGUUCUCAAUGUAGUGGAUAUAAGAAACUUGGUUAUGGAUCUGGUUGGGACAUCAUAAUACCUUCAGGAUAUGCACUACCAUUUUGGUUAACUUUCAUUAUGUUCGGUGCAAGAUCGGGCGGACUCAGAGAAAUAGAAAACUUGUCAUUUGAAAUGGGGCAGUAUUAUCUACCACCAGACAGUAAUGCCGGAAAAGAUAAUGAAAAUAGGAUCCAAUCUGAUUUACGCGAGAGAUAUUUUAAACUUCCGCCAAGCAAAAGGGUUAAUUAUACAAAAAUAGCCAUUAAUAGUCCUUUCAUAUGUCCUUGGGAUAUGUUGCUCAGUGACUGGACUGAUCAGAGAGUAAAAGACUUCUUCGUACUAAGAGACUGGAGACUAUUGGAGGCCAUUCAGGACAGUAUCAAACAUAUGAAAUCAUUACCAAAUGUAGAAGAGAGACAGUCUUGUUUAAUUCCAGUACAUUUAAAAUUAGCAUCAAAGGGCAAUUUGAAGAAUCAUGCAGUAAUUUGUAUGCCAGAACCAGGUGACUUUGCUGCCAUAAAAACUUUAUUCGAACCACUUCAUGAGGAUCCAAAUGAGAAAACUAGAAAAAAGAAAAGAUCUGAGCACAAGCAAUUGGUGAAAAAAUUAAAACGUAAAAGAAUGAAGCUUAAAAAGAAAAACCUCUUGGUAAGAAACCCAAAGUCUAACAGAAAAUCGCCACAAGAACCAUCUGAGUAUGUGAAAACUAUGAGAGAACUAUGGCUACCCUCUGAUGUAGCAAUAGUACGUAAUCUCCCUUCCAGACAAGUUAUGGGAUUUAUUUCACAAGGAGGAUUUAGCUUUACUGAGGCCCAAAGUUGUGGUAUAGGAUAUAUAGCUUAUAAUGCACUGAACAUGUUACUGUGUAAUCAUUUCAAUCAAGUGCUUGUGAGAAAUACAGCUUCAAGAAAAUACCAACUUGCAAAUAUAACAAUAGCAAACAGUAAAUAA